GCAGAGUAAAGUGAAAGGAGUCCAUGAAUAACAAAUAUAACAUUUUGGAAGUAACACCGACAAACAGAAUGCAUGCCGCAUAAAAUUGCUUCAAUUCGCAAUUUUGAAGGUAUCUUUAGCAGUGUUCCCGCCUCCACCCGAGUUCUCAACAGGCCCCGCCAGCCUAGGCGUGGGGGUCCCACCCUUCGGCAACAUCUUCAUCGCCGUCUCAGUAGGCCGGGAUCCAAACACUGACCACGCCCACGGUAGGCGUGAUCUAAUAGACGUAAGUGGGCGGCCCGAUCUUUUGGAUUUGUCCCACAGAAGCGUGGGGACAGCUACCUUGCCCCGACGGAGGCCUCCUUCGACGGUGCAGUUGCCCCAUUACGAUAACAUGGGACCCCGGGUCACUGCAGGAG